CAUACAUACUUGGACAUCACUAAUCCGCCUCAUUCCCAAUUCCCAGCUGCUCUAUCUGCCUCUUGGCUGCCAGAAACGCUGCACACUUGAGGUUAACACGCGAUGGCCAUGUUUACGAUAUGAGACCAACGUGUUCCAUGAAUAGGAGCCUGCCGUCAGAGCUGGACUUACAGAAGCAGAAGUGAAGGAACUGCCCAUCAAUGGCCAACCCCACCCCUCGGCUUGAUGUACUGUAAGAGAGACGUGAGAGGACCAGAAAUACUGUAGCUGAUUGCCAUGGAGGACACACAGCCAAAGCCUCCUACCCCGGAGCCCAGUCCAGCACCUAGUCCAGCACCAAGUCCAGCACCGAGUCCAGUACCCAGCCCACUGCUGGACAGAAUUCCUAUACCUACAGCAAACCAUGUGGAGCACCUAAACGUCAACCAGAUCCAGGUGGUUGUACGGCGUUGCUCCAGUCCAAAUGUCACGGAGGAGACCACCUAUUUUAUUCCUCGAAACCCUGUAGUCGAUGCUGGCACUAACACAGACCCGCCAGUGGUCUGCUGCCCCUUGCUCCACAGAUUUUGCCCAUGUCCACCAAAAGGCCUUCUGGCCUCUCUUGUUACUAAAGUCCUUCUGGCAGCUGUGCUCUUCGGGGUGGUGUGGUCUAUCACUCAGAAAGAGUGUCUUCCAGGGGGAAACCUGUUUGGCAUCACAAUCCUCUUUCUCUGUGCACUCGCCGGCGGUAAAUUGGUGUCUUUCAUCCGUCUGCCCAGACUUCCACCAUUCCCACCUCUCCUCGGUAUGCUGCUGAUGGGUUUCAUGCUGAGAAACAUCCCAGUUAUAACAGACGGGGUGUUCAUUGACUUCAAAUGGUCCGCGUCACUGAGAAACAUCGCUCUGGCUGUCAUUCUGGCUCGAGCUGGUCUGGGGUUAGAUCCCUCGGCUCUGAGGAAACUGAAAUCUGUGUGUGUUCGUGUGGCGUGUGGCCCCUGCAUUAUAGAGGCUUGCACAGCGGCUCUGGUGUCUCACUUCCUCAUGGACUUGCCCUGGGUGUGGGGCUUCAUCCUAGGCUUUGUGCUGGGUGCUGUGUCUCCAGCAGUGGUGGUUCCCUCCAUGCUGCUGCUGCAGAAGGACGGUUAUGGCGUGGAGCAGGGCAUCCCCACCCUGCUGAUGGCAGCAGGCAGCUUUGACGACAUUCUUGCCAUCACAGGGUUCACCACAUGUCUUGGCAUGGCCUUCGCCACAGGCUCCACUUGGUUUAACCUCCUUAGAGGUGUACUGGAAGUAGCUGGCGGGUUGGUUGCUGGGAUUCUUAUUGGCUUCCUCAUCCAGUACUUUCCGAGUGUUGAUCAGAAACACGUAGUAAUGAAGCGCUCCUUCUUGGUGCUGGGUCUGUCUGUCUUUGCCGUGUUCGGCAGCGGUGCGGCUGGGUUUCCUGGCUCUGGAGGCCUCUGCACUCUGGUGUUGGCAUUCCUGGCUGGCCUCGGCUGGGGGUCAGAAAAGGCACGUGUGGAGGAAGUGGUGGGGUGGGCGUGGGACGUGUUUCAGCCUCUACUCUUCGGACUAAUAGGAGCCGAAAUUCGAGUCUCUCAGUUGGAUGGACACACAGUUGGUCUGGGUAUAGCCUCUCUGCUCAUUGCCCUGCUGGUUCGAGUCCUGUUCACCUAUGUGUGCGUGUUGUGUGCUGGCUUUAGCACGAAGGAAAAAGUGUUCAUAGCCCUAGCGUGGCUGCCCAAAGCCACAGUGCAGGCAGCCAUAGGCUCCACAGCUUUAGACCUGGCCAGGGAAAAGAUGGACGAGCAACAGCAGAAGUACGGCAUGGAUGUCCUGACUGUGGCUGUGCUGGCCAUCCUUCUCACAGCCCCUGUUGGAGCUCUUAUCAUAGGGCUCACUGGUCCUUACCUGUUACAAAAACCAAAGAACUCUACGUGUGGUGAGCGAGUCAAACCCAAUUUAUCAGCCUUUUUCUUAGGCACUGAGGCGGGAGGUGAGGAUGACGAUGAAACUCCCGUCACCUAUGAGAGCACGCUCUGACGUCACCUGUCUUCACGGAGUAAGCGAGGACAUUUAAAGAGACUUCCCAGGUGCUUUCACACCUUAGAUGUUUGAGCUUUCCUUUAGCCACCAAGUGGCUCUCUGUCUCGUCUCUCUAUCUGCAGGUCAGCUUCUGAUGUUUGCCAUGCAGAAGAACACAUGAAUUACUGUAUUUAUAGCCUCUGGUGGUUUCCAGACCUCAGGCUCCAAACAAAUGACCCACAUCACAGCAUCUGCAGGGUCACGCUGUAUGACAGUAGAAGAGAAGUGGUUUUGUUUCUGGUACCAAAUUAACUUUCAACCAGCUGUAUUUGUGUGAGGCACGAAUGCUGUUUACAUGUUUGUAGAGGUGGAUAUUUUUCCUGCCUGUCACAUUCAGUGAAAUCAACAUUUGCCCAAUGCUGUGUUCCAAUACCCAUACUUCCCAUACUCACUAUACUUAGCUUGAGUACGCAGGGUGUUCCGAUUCCGAUCGCGGUGAAAAGAAGUGUACCUAAAGGACCCGGAUGUUGUACUCAUAACGGUCAAAACGCUGAGUGUGGAACGAUGUACACUAUACGCACUCAACGGCCGCCAUCUUGUCUACGUAGCGGAAGAGGCGGAGCCAGGCAGAGCCGUUCAGCUCGAAAAAAAUGUUUGUAAUGGCGGCCGACGACGCCGGCGCAUUUUCCACAUUUGCUGCGUUAAUGGAGCCAUAUUGCCGGAUUGUAGAAGUAAAGAUUAAACAACACAAAAUUAUAAUUUUUUCGCCGUUUAAAGCCGGAAGUUUUUCGCGGGUGACGAGCUGCGGCGGCCGUCGCGAGCAUCAUUUCCGGUAAGUGCAUCACGGAGUAUUAGAUUUGGAACAACACUCACCUGCUGAAAUCUGUGUACUUUGUGAGUGCGGAUAGUGUACUGCAUUUAAGUGUACUCAUGGAAGUAUGGGUAUUGGAACACAGCACAUGUUUAUGACAGUUUAUCAUAUUUGCUGCAUUUGGACUUGUACAGGUGGUAAUGCUGUAUUUUAUUAGAAGUUUCCUUUGAAGGGAUGCAUAACUGAAUGCACUGAUAUAGAAAUAUUUUAUUGUUUUAAAUUAGACCGAACAGUUGACACACAUUUAAGUCUUUAGGUCUUCUGCACGACAGAACAAUAUUUUUACAGUUGUGUUUGUGUUUUAAUAAAAUGUGUAUUAGCCGUGUCUUGGUGAUGAGAACAGUUUAUGUAGUUAACAAAAACUCAGGAGAACCAUCGAAAAUAUUUGCAAUACUUUCCUCUGAUUUAUACACAAUGCUGCUAAAACGUCCUUCAUUUGCUUCAUAUGCUAUGGAAAUCAUCAUGUCCCUUUCAGAAAUAUUCAUAUAAACCCAUUGUUUGAUUGUAUGGGAAAGUAAAUUUUUCACUUUUGUUACAUUUUGAUUUUUUAUUAUUAUUAUUACAGGCGUAUGCAGUGUAACUUUGUGUUUUUGAUUUGAAUUUGCCUCUGUGUAUUAUUAGCAAUUAUUUAUGAUAAAGUAACAGAAUUAAACAUUAGUUUUUUACCAGAUAUUCUUUAAACAAUAAAUGAUAAAACAUACCAAGAAUUGUUCUCUUGUAUUUUGAAUGUAUUUUAAGAAUAUAUUAUUUGGUGGAGCUAUAUGAUUAUAAUUGAGUCAUUGUCCCUUUAAGUCUCAGCUUCUCAUUCAUUUGCUUUUCAUCCAUGCUGGCAGCAGAGCUCUGUCUAAAAUAUCUAAAAGACUAUGUAAGAUAAAUGUAUAAA